AUAGCAAUAUCGCCGGUAAUGGGAAUGAUAAUUGAGGUUUAUCAUUGUAUAUUUAUAUCAUUGAUUUUUAAUAAUUUAUAACCAAGGAUAACAAAUUUAAAGGCCAUCAUAUAACAGUGCAAUAACUAAUGGAUGAAAUUAAGCAAACAAAUGAAGAAGAAAUUGACGUUGUCGACUCAGAAGAUGCGGAAGAAGAAGAAGAAGAGGAGGAGGAGGACCUGGGAGCUUCGCCCCUCGGCGACCAUGGCAGCCUUAUGAUGGCUCUAGCCUCGACCAAUGCUUUGCCAUACGAGGGACUGGCUUCACCCUUACGACUGACUGCAGGGACAGGCAAGCCUCUGAAUCUCAAGAGGGGUAGGGGCCGACCAGCUGGCCGUACGGGCGAGUCUAAGCUCAAGAAACCACUCGGCCUCAAACUGAAGAGAUGGAAAGGUGGUGUAUAUGUUCCAUCUGACAAGUCCCCCCGUCAUUCGCUGGAUGGAGAUGAGAGCCCCGCACACAGCUCAGAGCCAAGCACCCCUGCCACCCCUACCACUACAGCCUCUACCCCUGGAGAUGACAAGCUGUUGGCCCCACCCUCACAGGACGAUCCGCCGUACUUCGCUGAGACCUGGCCUGGGAAGGUGUGUGUGCUCUGUAACCUAGGCGAACGGUCACAGCUGGGCCAAGGAGAGAUGUUAAGACUCGCUUGUCAGGAAGGGUUUGUGCCUCAACGCCCCACCACACCGGGGUUUGUCUCUCCCACCACCGAACAGGAAGAUGUUACUGGCCCAGACAAGAGUCCCCGCACUCCUGCACUUAGCUGCCGUCGUCAAAAGAACUGGGCCAAGUGCAGGAAUGUGGUACUCAGUGGUCAGGAACCUUUGGAUGAACUCAGCAUCAUCGGCUACACUGAGGAACCGGAUCUAGUCAGCUUAUUCGAAAAUGCAGUCAGCCAAUGGCAUGUUUAUAUCCAUGAAAAUUGUGCGCUGUGGAGCCUCGGUGUAAGUCGUCCGACGGAUGCCGAUUUUCAAACAAUUGGACAGAUUGUGGUGUCGGCGGUUUGUCGCAAAUGCUCAUACUGUGGUAGACUCGGCGCUAGUGUUUCUUGUACCUUCAACAACUGUCAGAGAGCUCUACACCAUCCCUGUGCAGGAGCCUCCGGUGCCUUCCAAGACUCCAAGAGCUACAGCCUUGUGUGCAAUCUUCACUUGGACCAAGUCUCACUCAUGCCUGGUCUCGGAGACGUGACGUGCAUGAGCUGUUUCUCCCUGGGAGAUGUUCGGAACCUGACAAUGUGCUCUAACUGCGGUAACCAUUACCAUGGGAGCUGUGUCGGCCUCGCUUUGUUACCAGGUGUCCGCGCAGGCUGGCAGUGUCAGGACUGUCGUAUCUGUCAGAUCUGCAGACAGCCUGAGGACAGCAAAGUCAUGUUGUGUGAGACAUGUGACAAGGCCUACCAUCCACACUGCCUUCGGCCCGUAGUCGCCACAAUACCCAAGUACGGCUGGAAAUGCAAGUGUUGCCGCGUGUGCAGUGACUGUGGCUCUCGUACGCCGGGUGCCGGCCAAAGUUCACGUUGGCACGCUCACUACACGGUGUGCGACUCUUGCUACCAACAGCGUAACAAGGGAUUCUCCUGUCCUUUGUGUCGAAGAGCCUAUCGCGCAGCUGCGUACAGAGAAAUGGUCCAGUGUAGCAAGUGUAAAAGGUUUGUCCACGGAACAUGCGACCCUGAUGCAGAUCUCGUUACAUACCAGCAACGCAAAGAAUCUGCUCCUGAAUACGAAUACAUAUGCCUUAACUGUAAAAAUGAACCAAAGAAACGGAAAGACAGCCUUGAUGACUUUUGCAUGGAUUCUAACAUGAGCGCUUCACAAGAGUCACUCGUAUUGGAUGAAUUUGAUUUUGACUACGAGAAGGAGGGCUAUGGAAUGGGAAAGGGCAAGCCUUUUUGUGCCAGUAAAAUAGCAAAGAAAAAGUUAGGUCUUGGAUAUCCUGGGCCAGGAAGACCAGGCAAGUUAGGCAAGAUGAGUGGCAUAACCUCCGCACUGAUGAUGAACUACCAGAAGAAACAGCAGAGGUUCAAUGAGUUUGGUCGCAAACGGAUGCCCAAGUCUAAAAUGAGAGGCAUUUUUGGUGUCCCAGGAUUAGGACUUCAGAAACCCCAGGCAGACAACACCAAAGACAAGGUGGCAGCAGACGACGACACGAGUGACAACAAGCUUGUUUUGUGUUCUGCCAAGGACAAGUUUGUGUUAUCUCAGGACUCUUGUGUUAUGUGUGGUGCGCUCGGAACUGACCAGGAGGGCUGCCUUAUCACUUGCGCUCAGUGUGGCCAGUGUUACCACCCUUACUGUGCUAAUGUCAAGGUUACCAAGGUGAUACUACAGCGAGGGUGGAGGUGCCUGGACUGUACUGUGUGUGAAGGGUGCGGCCAACGUAAUGAUGAAGCUAGACUGCUGCUUUGUGACGACUGUGACAUAUCUUACCACAUCUACUGCAUGAAUCCUCCCCUCACCUACGUGCCUAGAGGGACUUGGAAGUGUAAAUGGUGUGCUCAGUGCCUGACAUGUGGCUCGAGUGAGCCCGGAGUUAGCUCGUCUUGGCUCAAAAACUACACGGAGUGUGGUCCAUGCGGGUCUCGUACUCAGUGUCCCUCCUGCAGUCAACCCUACGUAGAGUCAGAACUGAUCAUUAAGUGCAUUCAAUGUGACAGGUGGUUCCACUGUAUGUGUGACAACAUUCAGACAGAAGAAGAAGCUGACAUGUGUGCUGAGGAUGGUUAUCGUUGUAUGAUCUGUCGACCCAAGGAUGUCAAGUUGCCUCAUCUUCUAGCAGGACCUCUCAAUAGGCCUUCCAACACCCCUACACGAUCUGACAGUCCAGAGUUCACCAAGAGCAGUGAGGGUGAUUUCUACAUGGUGGAUGGUGUUCGGCUGUCAGAGAGCGGAAUGUAUCAGAUCAGAGCCUUGACUAUGGAGCAGCAGUCUCAGCCACGUCGCCGCAGACCUAACAGCCGCAGACAAGGCAGUUCUGCGGACAUUCUUGCCACUAUAGAGUCUGUCAUUGCUGGAGGCACAAACUACGCUGAUGACGAUGGAGACGGAGAUGAGGAAGCAGCUCCAGAGAAGGUGUACCGGGAAGGGAUGCCAGUGUUCCCUCGGGCUGAUGGGCGACCCCCUGAGCCACCGGAGGGGUUCACUAUCUAUACCACCGAGUCAGGAGCCAUGGUUCUGCGACGCAAGAGGGUCCGCAAUCUGCAGAGGCUGGGAAUCGGAGGGUUUAAUGCAAGAUUACGACAAACUCGAGUGAAAGACCGUGAAGAAGUUUGUGACGGCGAAACAAUGACUGAAUCCGUCAUGAUGUCUCACGAAGAUAAGCCACGAAGGAAACCUCAGCGGAGAAAACCUAAGAGCAAGCUGGCGGAAAACUAUCCCUCUUACCUUCAGGAGGCGUUCUUUGGGCGAGACUUACUGGACACGAGCAAGGUUUGUGGCCAAGAUCUGAACAGCAGUAGUGAUGAGGGCGAAGAUAAGGUGACGACUGAUAAGACAAUCACACUGUCUCAAGAUGAACUCAAGGUCAUUGAACAGAUGAAGGUCAAACAAGAGCAGCAAGAUAAGAAAACCUCUCCAAAUAAGGAGGAGGAUUCUGGUAGUGAUGCUGAAGCUUUAAAAGACAUUUUGAGACUUCCGGACAAUCUUCUGGACACUGAAUUGGUCAAUACAAUAAUGACAGAAACUAGUGCUGAUAUGAAGACUGAAGAAAACCUAAUGAGUGAAUCAGAAGAGCGUGCAACCAGCGGAAGUGGAAAGGACGAACUAAGUGAUAUUUUAGGACCUCAUUUCAAUCUUGUCAACAUGGUUCGUCAAACAGGUUUGCCCAACAUGGACUGCAAGGAUGUGGAGGAGAUAUUCAAGGGAGUUCUAACAGAGGAGCCUCAUGUCCCUGAGUACAACCAGCAGCAACCAUCAGUCCUGACUGCUGCACCACCCCCUCCAUCACCAUCAGUUAUUCAGAGACCAGCUCUGCCUCAUCCUAACAUGGCAACUCAAGUUACCAUCCCCGGGUCUACCAACUACCACCCAGAAUACAACAACACCCCGCAGUUCAACCCAUUAUUUGGCGAGUGGCUAGAUGACUUUCAGUUCACCCAGGCCAACUUGUUGUACAUGGAGGCAGAUGAAGGACUCGGCGCUGGGGCGACCAUCGCACCUGUACUCUUCUCUAACAUCAUCCAUCCAGAGUGGAAGAAGGAUAUCCCAUUGUUUACCGAGAGAAGCAAACAUGUUGUGAAGGUGUGGCGUAGCCUGACACAUGAACAGCGAGUGCCUUAUCUUCAGCAGGCUAGGGAGAAUCGCAUGCUCCGCUUGCAUGCGCAACACAAGAAAGCCCAGAUUGUGAAGGAAACUCCUGCUGUGAUAUCUACUCCUCGCAGCAAGUCUCCACAAGGAUCAGAGGAACAGGAUAAGCUGCAACAGGCGAAGAGUGUGAGGGAAGCGGAACAGGAACGACAGUGGAAACAGCUGCAAGCUCUUAGACAACAACAGGCUCAACAACAACAACAGAUGAUGCAGGAUCAGAGAGUGCAAGCCACACAACGAGUUCGCCAACUCACCGCAGAUCAAGUAGUAACCCUGCCCAGCGAUGCACAAUCACCUGUUAAUCCUCAGCAGGUGCCUAGGAUGGUAGGGCCUACUGGCUAUAUCAGAGCUCCAUUCCCACACGCUGGGGCUCGGACCAUGAACCCAGAAAUGAGCCGCCAACUUCGUGACUUGCUGCAGAGACAGCAGAUCAAAACCAAAUUGGAGUCAGAUAGGCCUUGGGGUCAAGAAGACGGCAUUGUCGGAGGUGACUCGCAAGCCGGUACACAGACUGGGCCUGGGUUUGAUGGAGCCAGUCCUGCUACGUUCAGACACCCGCUGCCCCCCAACAUGGCCCCUCGCCCUGCCACUCCUCGUCUACCUUUGACUCAGACACAGAUGAUCAUACGGACACCUCGGCUCCCCUCUCAACUGCCCAACGCUAACCUCUCAACAGAUCCUAGAGGACAGGGAGUCGACGCAAGAGUCAGAUUGUUACUACAACAGAGACCUGGCUUCCCAUCUGCCCAAAUGAUGAGACUAGCGACUCCUAGAAAUCCUCUUGAUCCUUAUGAUCAUUUGGUCCAGCGCCCGCCCUUCUCAGAUGGGAACAUUCGUCCGCCAGGAGAUGCUACGAGGCUAGUCACUCCUUCACCUGCUGAUCCUCAACGUUUAGCAGCAGGAGAGAGAGCCGGGGUGGGAGAAGAGAUUCCCGAGUCUGUGACUGCAGAGCUGGAGAAGUUGGAGCAAGAGGAGGGUAGUGGAGCCUUGGCUGAAGUGGAAGGUGUCAAUGCUAUACUAGGAGAUUUGGUUGAGGAUGAUGACGAACUGCUGGCUGAAAUGGGAGCUGAUUUCAACAUUCUCGAAUAUGCCGACCCCGAGUUGGAUAAAGUUGGAGGAGGAGAAAAGACAAAUAUUUUUGAUGUAGAUGAGUUUGAAGAGGAAGACUCAAAGAAAGAUACAGCAGCAAAUAACAGAAACGAGAAGAAAGAAGUGGAGCCGGAAUCACAAUCUGACAAACCUGUUGCUACCACACAAGCCAAACCUGCUGACCCAACCAUAGCCAAGAGUUUGACGGUGACGGUUGAACAACCAGUUGGCACUUCAACCACCCAGACCGUUACCACUCCAACUACCCAGCCUCCGCCUGGAGCAAUGUUACCUCAGACUCCUGCAGGAGUAGCCUUCUCUCCGACCUUCUCCACCGUCACCUCUGUCCAAGGCAUUCCUCGACUGCAAAACAUCAACCAAGUGGUGACAACACAACAAAGGCUACAGCAGUUGCAUCGCCAUGUGUUAGGCGUGGGUGUAGGGGGUGUUUCUCCAAGACCUCUGCCCGCCAAUGCUCCUCCGCAGGCUCCACCCCGUCUACCACCGCCAUACCCGGGGCCUCCACCACCCUACCCUGGGCAAAUACAACAGGAGCAGCCCCUGCUGCUCGAAGACCUGCUGGAACAAGAGAAGAGAGAACAAGAGAAGCAGCAGGCCGGGGUGACUGUGGGGACGGCGGGGGUAGAACCUCCGGCCCCGACACCCCCGCAGUCAUUGCUCAGUGAUGCUGAUUUUGAACGACUCAGGGCUGAUGUAUUAGGCACCGCUACCAAUGUCGGGGCUUCCCCUCCACAUUCCAUACCAACUCAAGGCAUGUUGGUGAGGCCAGGGUACAUGCCUCCACGACCACCUUCACAGCCUCCUCAAUGGCAGCAAGGUCCUCCUAGAACACCAGCACCAAUCACGCCCCCAGGUGAAACAGGUCUGCGAGUGCCGUUGUUCAACGCUCAGGUUCUACCCUCCCCACCACCCCCUCCAGAUGUGAUCUCUACCGAGGAGGACAGACGGGCUCAGCUGACGUACGAGACAUGGCUCAACAAUCAGAACCAGCUUGUCACACAGCAGCUCAAGUACUACGAGACCGAGGUGCUAAAGUUACGCAAAAUACGCAAGAGCCUUAACAGUAAACAGCGUCAGUUGCGGAAGAACGGCAAUGAGCUUGCGGAGAAUGAUGCAAUGGAGUUGCAACGAGUGACGUCAGAGCAACAAGUUUUGCAGAAACAACUUGAGUCAUCAAGAAAACAGUCUCGCCAACAUAACAUGCUCAUGCAGGAGUACCGGACAAAACAGCAGAACAAGGGCAGAGUUGUGGGUCUUCACUCACCCAGCCCCGCAGUAUCUCCACAAUCACCACAGCAAAGUCCCCGUAUUCCUACCCCUCACUCACAGCAGGGCGAUGAGACGCCGUUCAGUCCGGGUACUCCGUCUCCUCGACCGCCAGUUCCCCCCUCCACUCCCCGUCCUCCGGGAGUCGCAGGAAGUCCGGGAACUGGAGGCUUCUCCCCUCAGGAACAGCAAACUGUCGUCAGACAUGGUGUGGGUGUGGGUGUGUUGACCCAGCCUAGACCUCAGCCCCGAGCCCCCACACAGUUCCUGACUCAAGAUAAACUGAGGAUGUUCACUCCUCAACAACAACAGCAGUUGUUGCUCCAACGACAUCAACAGCUUCAACAGCAACGACAGGCUUUACUGCAACAACAACAGGAGUUGAAUCAGGAGGCUGGAGGUUUAUCAGUGCAACAGAGACAGCUACAGCUGUUUGCACAGCAGAGACAAGCUCUUCAGCAGCAACAAGAGUUACUGACUCAGCAGAUGUCAGACCCCAACAUGUCUCAACAACAAAGACAACAGCUCAUGCAGCAACGACAAGCUCUGCUGCAGCAGACUCAAGAGCUGGCUAAUUCACAGACCGCUGUGGAUCUUGCUAGACUACAAAUGAUCCAAAGACAGCAGCAGUUCAAUAGACAACAAAUGCUUGGCAAGACCCAACAGAGUCCCAGUAGAAGUCCCAUGGGACAGUUCGGACAGACUUCCCCGAUGCCUCAGCAUUUCUCUAAUGCCACCAGCCCAAUGCCCCCUCAAAGCCCUCAAUUCCAAGGGUCUUCUCCAAUGCAUCCUCAGAGUCCCAUGAUUAAUCAGCUUCAGGCCAACUCUUCGCCUAUGAUGCCCCAAAGUCCGAUGCAAAACCAAAAUAAUUCCCAGUUUCAACAAAAUACUUCAUCUCCACAUCCACAAUCUCCGAUGGUUCAGUAUUCUAAUCAACCUCCCAACUCUCCAAUUCAUCCUUUAAGCCCACGGGUACAACAGAAUUAUCAACCCCAGAGUCCGAUUACUACUCCCCAGUCACCGAUGAUUCAGUCUCAAAACUAUCAUCAAACUCCCAACUCUCCCAUGACUGGAGCCCAUCACUUUAGUCAACCGAGUUCCCCGAGACCACCCCAAAGUCCCAGAGUACAAUCGGGAGGACAGUUCCAACCCCCGAGUUCUCCCAUGAGUCCGCAUAUCCAGCAAGGUCAAUUUGUUCACAGACCUAACUCUCCCAUUAGAAGCCCAAUGCCUCCAGUGUCUCCAAUGCCCAUGAGAAGGCCUUCGAGCACUGGCGAAAGCCAGAACUCUUCUCCCAGAACCGGUGGGCAUGACCAACAAGAACAGAAUUCUGGGGGUGGAGGAGGUAAUCAGCAUAUAAACAUGAUCCCUGCUCCUCCGGGACUAUUUGGUGGUAGAUUUGGUUACAUAAAGUUAGGACUCAGAGGAGGAUCUCCGAUGUGGGGAGGUGGAGGAGAAAGAACCCCGCCUAAGAGGCCCUCAGCUGUGAUAAAAACCGGUGAGGGGCCAAAGAAGGAUCAAUCUCCUGCAAAAGUAGUUAGCAUGCAGUACGAAUAUGAAGAUGAAUCAGAUAGAUCUUCACCUUCUACAUCUAAAUCUCCUCAAAAGAAAAAUUCUAGUCUUGAUUCUGGCAUGGGCUCUCAAGAGACUAUAAAAACUGAUGAUAAUGAAUCUACUGUUUAUGAUGACAUUGUUCUAGUUGACAACGAAACAAAUUUGGAAGUGGAGGAAUUGCAAUCUUCUUUGCAAGGAAAUGUCAUGACCAUGCCUAUGGUUAUAGAUGGUGGACAUCUCCAAGUUACAGAAAUGAACUUAGAAUCCGAAAAUGUGGAUGGUGUAUUAGACGACUGCCUUGUUUCCUCAACGAAUUUGGUAGUACUUGAUGUCGAUCGGUCCGGUUCAGGGGAGGAGAAUGAAUCUUGUCUCAUAGAAAUGGUUGAUAAAGACGGAUGUGAAUCAGUCCAAGAAGAUCUUUCUAUUUUGGAAGAAGACUUAGCUGAAGCUGAAUCAAAAGAGGAUGAGAGUGACGUGAUUGAGAUGAUGGAAGAAAGUAUGUCUCCUCCUGUUGGUAGAAAAAGACUGGUUGGAAAAGUUUUACCAGGUGAAUCCUUGAAAAAACUUCAGGAGAAAAGAGAUAGUACUACAGACACGCCUGAUUCACCAGAUCAGGAAGAAGGAAAUAACGACCACUCCCCUGAUACCUUAUCUGAAGCAGAUAAUGAAAUAGUCUCAACAACUUUUGAGAAAACCGAACCUGCAACAUCAACUCUACCUGAACAAAACAAAGAUGACAAAGAUAGGUCAGAAACAGUUAAACAAGUGUUUCCCUUAGUGUUACCAUCCAGUACUCAAAUACCUCCCUCGAGUGCUCACCAGGCUAAUAUCGGUAUCCCUGGUCUAACUAGACCAGCUGUGUCUUACCCCAGUUAUCCUAGGGGAGUUCCUAGGCAUGUUUUCCCUUUGAUCAAAGCAGAUGGGAGAUCAGUAAUAGCUGUCCAGCAAGCAACAGUAGCCAAUUUAGUACAAGAUGCCGUGAAUGCUGCUAAACUAGCUGCUGAAAAGAAGCAAUUUCCUCAAGGAGUAUCGAUUGCUGGAAACUUGAUUCCUACCUUGAUUUCAACACCUUCGACAAUACCUUCUCUUGGAGUCGUAAGUACCACAGGGACCACCCUAAUAGCUCCGCCAAGAAUGUCUGUGCCUUUUUCAUCUUCUGCGAGAAUAACAAACACGGGAUCUUCAUCUUCAAACACUCACUAUAUGCCCAUAUUGUCACAAGCUGGUGGUUUAUUAAAGAUAGAAGUUAUAAAUCAAAAGAUUGAUUCAAACGAGAAUGAUAAGAAUGUUUUGAAAUCAUUUCCUGCCUCUGUUACCAGACAACCUAGUGUCUCUGAGAUUCCUGAAGGAUUUCAGAAACAUUUUGUCGAUAGUGUCGCUCAAGCUCAAAAUAUGAAUAGACCUGAAGAAAAAGUCAAAUCCGAAAUGCCUCCUGGACCUCACCCUACCAAAGCACACAGUUAUAGUAAAAUUCUUUUAGCUUCAAAUGAGCCUCAGUCCAUGAGAACAUCUGAAGCUUCUGAGGUUAGAAGAUCAGAUAUUCCAUCAAGUCAAAGUAACACAAUCCAAAACUUCAGUUCUGAUGGUGUCAGACAUCCGGGUGUUAUCUGUAACAAAAGCUUAACAACUACUCAGCAAUCUUCUGUGAUCACUCAAGUCAGCGUUAUCAGUGAGGGAAAAACAACACAACCGGAAGAAACAACUAACAUCGGCUCUAGUAUUUUGGAAGCCCAAUUGACUGCUUCUACUCGAGAAGACGUUGUAGUUCCAAGAAAUCCUGCUGUGAGCUCCCCUUCAAAGACGUUAUUCUCUUUUCUAGACCACAUGAGAGAAAUGAAUAAAGAGCAUGCCAAAGAUUCUCAGAGUGGUAGUUUGAAUUUGACGGAUAUGUCUGUAACUUAUGACAAUAACAAAGUUCACCCAGAAAGCCUGACUUUGUACCGGGCCAGUGAGACUGUGAUGAAUCAAAGCAACAUAUCUCAACUUGUCAAAAGCCAAAGUCAGAUGACUGGAGAUGUAAAAUUGCCAGUCUCUGUAAUGACCCAUCAAGAAGCGGCAGCUCAGCCAGCUAUCAGACGGAUCGGUAAUAUAUAUGUGCAUCAGAACAUCAAGACAGACGAGAAAGAAAUCCCAGAUGGAAAUCAGAGAAACACUGUUGUAUAUUCAGACCAGAUGCCAAGACCGAUAUUGGAAAUGACCCAAACAAUUAAACAAGAAAUAAGACCCCCUACAAAUAUCUCUGAUCUUUUUCGUCAAAAGCAGCCUUUCUACGAUCAGAAACCCGUCGUAAGUCAACAACAAGAAACAGAACCUGUAAACUACUCUUCGAGUUCUACAAUUACCAGCAACAAAGUAGUUCCAACAAGGCUAGGAGAGCUGAUAAGUGGAGGAACUAAUGUUCACGCACAUAUUGAACGUCGUCUCUCAGAUAUGAAUAUGUCGAGGACCCAUCAACAACCACAAAUGGAAAAUCUUCAACAGAAAGUAGUAUCAAGCUCAGAAGCAAACCCUGUGUUUCUCACUGGUCUACAAAGGGACUCAAAGGAUGGCUCCUCACAAUUCAUUCCUUUGUCAUCUAUCCUAACGCCUAAGACAGAGCCAGAUGAUAAAAGGAUUGGUCCAGGAGGUAGAAUUACGGAUGAUUCGCAGAAUGUGUUGCUGAAGCAGCUGUUGCAAAACACAGCGUGUGCAACAACUUGUGCUACCACAACUACAGCUGUUAACACUGUUGCACCUGAACCCCCGACACCCCCACCACCGCCACCUCAACCGCUGCCAAUACGCACUCAGCAGACGUUGCCGAUGCAAGUUCAAGAACCUCGUAGAAUGUCAACAGACACUCCCACUUCUACUUUGGAUGAACUGCUCUCUCCCACUAGUCCUGCCAUCAAGAGAGAGCCGCUACUCACCCCUGCUCAGAUCAAGCGUGAACCCAUGACAGGGCCUCCACCCCAGGCCAGUCCCAUUCCACCAGCACCCGUCAUGGUCGAGGUCAAGAAAGAAGUCAUGUCCUCUGAUGAGAUGAUCUCUCCUGGUAUACGCACCAUGGACCCCAUGGAUACUGGAGCAAUGGACCAUUCAUCCAGCAUGCCUCUAGACCCCCAAGAUCUCAAGAAGUUAAAGCGACGUCAGUACCAACAGAAACGAAGGCAAAGUCAAGGCAAGGAUGGUCUCACUCCCAAAAAGAGACCAAGAAAGAGCUCUAAAAUGGAAGAGGACUAUGACUCGUUCAUUGACUCGCUCAUGGCUCAGCUUCGUCAGUCGCCAGCGAUGUCUGUCUUGGAGCCGAGUUUGAGUCGUAACUUCUCUGUCUGUCCAAUCUUCGGCUCUGGCGAUUUGGCUAAGAUACACUUGAAUUCCCGCACAGGUGAGCUGAAAGGUAGUUAUGGCAAUGCCAUGUACAAUGACACAGACCACUACAACACUGUGCCGUAUGGGGAACUGCUACCUCACCCUCCCCCCUCCACGCCUUCUACGCAGCGAGGCUUCUACAAUGAGGAGUUCUCUCCUCUGCGACUUGACUCUUGUAAAGAUGAUUUUGAUGAUCGAAAGCAUGAACUGAACAGAGAUCGAGACAAUGAUACUCCUGACACCAUCGUCAGCUCAUCUUCUCCUGAACUCGUGGUUCCGGAACCUUUCAUCAGAUAUCCAGGUCUCCGGUUGAUUGAUGAAGAUGAUUCGGAAGAAGAGCAGAAGAUGUAUCGAAGGUCUCCGAUCAUCCCUAUUGUUAUUCCAACAGCAAUCAAACCUCGGGAGCGGCUUAUCAGUGAAAUGGACAAGGAAAAUGCUUUCAGAGAGAACUCUCUGAUAAAAUCCCGUGUUUCACCUUCUGUGCCUCUGAAAGACUCGGCUAAUGUAACAGUGACCCUGACCUUGACCUCGUCUGCAGCAGAUGAUGUCCUCGGUGUUCUUCGUAAUCUAGCAAACAUUCUACGUAUCCCAGCCCCGACUGCAUAUCACAUCACUGAGCGAACUGUCACCCCGCCAAGCCACAAGUUGGGGUUGUACAGAACCAAAGGCAAAGAUGGAAAGGAGGGUGCUCCAGUGGAUAUCCAAAGCAUCUUGAACGGAGAAGCCAAGUUCUGCAGACAUUGUGAUGUCAUCAUCCUUAACAACUUGAUUCGUAAGAAGGCCUCUGAGAUGCCGUUCCUGGCUCGUGAGGAUGGAACGGAGGAUUUGUACUUCUGCAGCACAGUUUGCUACAUGCAGAUAGCCUUGGCUCAACAUACCCCAGCCAUUACGCAAGAUAAGGCUGCAGCCGUUGUGGACCACCUGUCUCAGUCGGAUCCGGCCCCAGCCAAGAAGGCAAGACUUUCUGUGGAUGAGAUCAAAAAGAAAAUCAAACAAGAGAUCAAAGAGGAACCGACUUUCAAGACUGAGAUAAACCUGAGGCCAGAAACUAUAAAGGAAGAAGCAGCUGUGGUUGUGAAAGAGAAACCAAAACUGAAGGGGAUAAAAUAUCGAGUUUUCAACAGCAAUUCCAUUCCUCCCCCAGCUAAUAAGUUCAAGCGGCCGUCUGACAAAGAAAUGACUGAGAUGUUGUUCCGCAUGGGGAUCACAGUGAUGCCUCCCAAGCUGCCUGAUGACACCAGAGUUUGCUUGUUCUGUCAUCAGAUCGGUGACGGAGUAGCAGACGGACCAGCAAGAUUACUCAACUAUGAUGUUGACAAGUGGGUCCAUUUGAACUGCGCGUUGUGGUCAGACGAAGUCUACGAGACUGUCAACGGAGCUCUGAUGAACGUAGAGACUGUGCUGCAACAGAGUCUGACGGCUACUUGUGCUCUUUGUGGUCGAACUGGAGCCACACUCAAGUGCUACAAACUGCGCUGCUCUGUCAUGUACCACCUGCCUUGUGCCAUCAAGGACCAAUGUGUAUUUUAUAAGAACAAGACAAUCUACUGCAACUUGCACGUAAGCAAGACUGAAAAGAAUAACGAACUGACAACUUUGGCUGUGAUGCGACGAGUGUAUGUGAACCGAGACGAGAACAGACAAGUGGCGAGUGUCAUGUACCAUACAGAACACAACUAUGUGAUGAGGGUUGGCUCGUUGAUACUGCUUAACUUAGGUCAACUACUUCCUCAUCAGCUACAGGCCUUCCACACCAAAGACUACAUCUACCCGAUAGGCUACAAGAUUGUUCGUUUCUAUUGGAGUAUGAGGGUGAACAACAAGCGUUGUCGCUACAUUUGCUCCAUUCACGAGGCCAAUGGCAGACCCGAGUUCCGAGUGCUGAUCCAAGAGCCUGGUCAGGAGGACAUUGAGUUGCGUGAUACGUCAGCGCGUGCUGUGUGGGUCCGAGUGCUUGAGCCGCUGGUGGCCCUUCGCAAGGCCAACAAUAGUGUUCAGGUGUUCCCACGCUACGUCAGCGGAGAAGAUCUCUUUGGUCUCACUGAACCAGCCAUCGUCAGAGUUUUGGAGAGCAUGCCAGGGGUGGAGACACUGAUAGACUACAGGUUUAAGUACGGACGCAAUCCUCUGCUAGAGCUGCCUCUCGCCAUCAAUCCCAGCGGAUGUGCAAGGUGCGAAGCAAAACCCAAAGGACAGGAGAAAUGGAAGAGGGCUCACACCCAGCGAACCACGAAUGCAAGUCAACGUAGCAACUAUGCGGCAACUACGAGUGCAGUCGGAGAGGCGUUCAGUCCCUACAGCAAACAGUUUGUCCACUCCAAGAGUUCACAGUACAAGAAGAUGAAGCAGGAAUGGAGGAACAACGUUUACCUGGCCAGAUCCAAGAUCCAAGGCCUGGGACUAUACGCAGCACGAGACAUUGAGAGGUAUACCAUGGUCAUCGAGUACAUCGGUGAGCUUAUACGCACAGAACUGGCCGAGUCUAGGGAAAAGCAAUAUGAAGCUAAGAACCGCGGAAUCUACAUGUUCCGUCUUGACGAGGACAGAGUGAUUGACGCAACGAUAAGUGGAGGCUUGGCGAGAUACAUAAACCAUUCCUGUAACCCCAACUGUGUCGCAGAAAUAGUAGAAGUCGAAAGAGAUGUUCGGAUUAUCAUCUUUGCCAAACGCCGUAUCAACCGUGGAGAAGAGUUGGCUUAUGACUACAAAUUUGACAUAGAAGACGACCAACACAAGAUUCCUUGUAUGUGUGGAGCGCCAAACUGCCGAAAGUGGAUGAACUGAGAUUCUAUGUGCUCAACAGAACCUUAUCACAGGGUCCCAAAAAGCAGAUAUUUUUGUUAUCGAUACGCAAUGAUCAUUUGUGUGUAUAGAUAUUUAUAGGUAUGUUUAAAAGGGAAAUUAUUAUUUGUAAAUACUGGAUCAAUUGUUGUUUUGUUACUAAUUUUUGAAAUCUAUUUUGCCAGUUUUGUACUCAUUUGUAAUGACCCGUUGUUAUCAAAUCCCAGAUAAAUAUGUAUAUAAUAAUGAUCAUUAGAUAAUCAUAUAUCAAUUUAGAAGUAUCUAUUGUUACUGAUCCCAAAUGUAAAUAAUUUAUAUCAAUACCCUGUUUGAUCAUUGAAAAGUCUUUGUAUAGGUACCACUUAUGUGUAAUUUAUGUUUGUGAUUUAUAUUAUAUAUGAGUUAUUAUUUUAUUAUUAUUAUUGAUCAGAUCUCUUAUGUUUUGACGUGUAAAGAAACCUAUAGAUUAUAAUUUAUUAUUGAGUAAGUUGUUAUUUUUCAUAAAGAUUAUAAUUAAAAAUUUACCAACUAAGCAUAAAUUGAAAUUUUAUUUUCGUCACGUUACACAGUAAAUCGGUAGUGUGGCAAAAAUUAUCACAUGCCAUUCACCAGGGAAAGUACUUUUAAUAGUUCUUCCUGGUCUCGUGGAUUUAUAUACUAUGAGAUUUUACUUAAGUUACUAUCAGAUAUUUUUUUGUUUACUGUUGUAAGUUAUUAUGUUUGUGUGCAUAUUAGGAUCACAAUCAAGAUCAUUGACUUAGUAAUAACUUUACCACAACUAUCAGAUAAUUUUCAUUUGUUAUUGUAUAAAUUAAGUUUGUGUGUUGUACAUUUAUAUUAUACUUUAGAUUGUAUGUACUAUUGGUACCUUUAAGGUAGUUUUAAGGUUAUCUGUGA